AGAGCUGAAUGUCACGCCAAAACGUCUCCAGCAGGAUGUCCAGACACGAUGGAGCAGUACAAAGUACAUGAUUGACAGCCUCAUUCAUCAAAAACGGCCACUGCAUGCCUACUCAUCUGAAGAAAACCACACCCUGCCAGCCAUUCUAACAGCAAACCAGUGGGGGCUGUUAGAGAAGGCCUCAAAGGUUCUGACCCCCUUUGAAGAGCUAACAACUCUAGUCAGUGCCGCCUCUGCUACCACAGCCGAUGUCAUCCCCUCUGUCCAUGCACUGGUACGGUUUCUCAGUAAGGAGAGUGAAGAUGAUCAUGGGAUCCUAACUAUGAAAGCCACCCUUCUGGAUGCAGUCCAAAGACGUUUCAGGCAUGUGGAAUCCGAGCCCCUCUACACCGUGGCAACACUGCUGGAUCCACGUUAUAAAGACAAGUACUUCACAAACCCGGAAAACCUGGGACAUGCAAAAGCAGCGUUAAAGGCAGCGGUAUGUAAAGUAGAAGAAGAGCUGAAGACCACGCCUCCACCUGAUGUGACCGAGCCAGUGGACAAGGCUCCACGGAUGGCGGGUGCAAGCAGCAGCCUUGGCAGCAUCUUUGACGAAAUACUAGAGGAGAGCAGCACAGCAGCAGGUCCGUCUGACCAGAUCACCACAGGGGCAAUCUGUGAAAUGGAGAGCUACUUCUGUGAGGCUCCGAUUGAACGGAAGAGCAACCCUUUACACUACUGGAGCCUAAACCAAGCUCGACUCCCCACCAUGGCAGCAACAGCAGCUAAAUUCCUCUGUGCUCCCUGCACGAGUGUGGAGAGUGAAAGGCUCUUCAGCACAGCGUCAAUUAUCAUUGAGGAGCACAGGAGCAGGCUGACAGCACAGCAUGCUGAAAUGCUUAUCUUCUUAAAAAAAAAUCUCCACAUUAUGCUCGGACUGCAGAAAGUGGAGAAGGAGGAGUAGUAAGGGUAGUCAGCACUGACUGAUUAUUAUUUGUUUUAUGUUCUUGUUAUUAGAGUGAUAUGUUUAUUGUGUUUACACUCUAUUCUUCAGUGAAGACUAAGAGUAAUUACUACAUUGUUUUGGGCACAGUCAGUCAGUGAAACUGGAGCUGUGUGAACUGUUAACUUAGAGCAGUUGGACAGUGGACAAUAUUGUGUUGUUUUUGUUGUUUUUGUCCCUGCCCACAGUUGUUUCCAACAUAUGCUGACAGUAGAAAAAUAACUGAAGUGAACUUGAAUUGUUUGCACUUUAAAAUUUAAUUUAUUCUAUUCAAUUGUAUAAUGAUGUUGGUAACCAGUGGUUAUUUUGCACUUUAAAUAUAACAUUUUGUUUUUAUUGGAUUUGUUGAGGGAAUACUCUUAUGUUGAAGGUUAAAAUUUAUGUAACCAAUUGGUUAAUAAUAAAUGGGUCAGUUUUUUCUAUACCUACUGUUGCUGACUAUUGUUUUCUGUUAUAUCACUACAACAUCAG